CGAGAGGACCAGAAGCAGCCGAGCAACAGCGAGAGAAGGUCGGCUGUAAUAGAGGGGGGGGAUAGGCGCUACAAUACACACACACAGAGUAUUUAUAGUUAUACUUUAUUUAAAUAUAUAUAUUUAUAUAUAUAUAUUUAGCUUGGGGUUGAGUGUUAAACGAAGAGGACAGUGCGUAAUAAAGAAGCGAGGAUGUUGGUCCCCGCGGGAAGAUAAUGAAGAGGCUGUGUGUGUUGUUGCUGUGCCUCACUGUAGCUCUCCUGUGCUGGUCUCCCAGUCGUCAUGUCCAAUGUUCAGAACAGCCGUCUUCAGGCCCAGAACUCGCUGCACAGGACGGUAGCACGCACACGACACAGGAGAACGGGGCUAACAACAAGGUUGCGGAGGAAUGGGAAUCACAGUCAUCAUACAGCGUGGGUUUGGAGACCGAGAGGGCUGCACUCGAGCAGCAGCUCAUAAAAGAUGCAGCAGAAGAAGACAAACCUGAAAAGGCUGUGAAUAUAGUAGAGGAGGUGGUGGAAGAAGCAGACGUUGUGCCAGAAACACAGAAGUCAGAGGCACCAACCAUCUCUGACCAGCAAGACCCCGCUGAAACACAACCCCCGCCGUCAUCUUCGUCUUCAUCGUCUCAGUCAUCGUUACCACCACCACCAUCAUCGCCUCCACCUGAUCAGGUGGAGGCAGAGCUCCCUAAAACCACGCCCUCUCCAGACCACGCUGCUGCUGCUGAUCCUCCUCCUCCUGCUGAACCAUCCGCAGAUCUCAGUGUAGACCCGAACACUAAUGCGGACGCCAGCGCUGACUCCGGGAACGAACCAGGACCAGCGUCACCUACCUCACACUCCUCCCUGGAAAGCUCCUCCAGUGCACUAGAGGUUGCCAGUGCUGGUUCCCCACUAAAGAACUCUAGUGCCAGUCAGUGUGAGCUGGGCUCCGUGGCCCUCUCCUCCAGCCAGCUCCUUGCCUCUGGUUCCACUCUCAGCAGUGUAUUAUUGGAAUCAUUGGAGAAUCAGGAUCCAGGGACCAAUGCUGACCUGACUGCCUCUCUGGAUUCGGCUGAGCCGGACCUCGCAGAGACGGAGCACACAGUCAAUGCCUCGCACCCCCCAGAGGACCAGGAAGUGACGGCUGAACCCGAGGGAGGGACUGAUCCCCCUGUCCCUGGUAAAGAGGACAUCCCUACCUUUGAUGAGUGGAAGAAGAAAGUGAUGGAGGUGGAGGAGAAGAAGAGUCAGUCUUUGCACACCUCAUCCAAUGGCAGCCCCCAUCCCAUGAAAAAGAUCCAGAAGAACUUUAAGAAUAAUUACGCCUCUGUGGAGUGUGGGGCCAAAAUCCUCGCAGCCAACAAUGAGGCCAAGAGCACUUCUGCCAUUCUAAUGGAGAAUAUGGAUCUUUAUAUGCUCAACCCCUGCAGUAAUAAGAUCUGGUUCGUCAUUGAGCUCUGUGAGCCGAUCCAGGUGAAGCAGCUGGACAUCGCAAAUUUUGAACUGUUCUCUUCCACCCCAAAAGAUUUCCUGGUGUCAAUCAGUGACAGAUACCCGACCAAUAAGUGGAUCAAGCUUGGCACCUUUCAUGCACGUGACGAGCGCACAGUCCAGAGCUUCCCUUUGGAUGAACAGCUGUAUGCCAAAUAUGUCAAGAUGUUCAUCAAGUACAUAAAGGUCGAGCUGCUCUCCCAUUUCGGUUCUGAACAUUUCUGCCCCCUCAGUCUAAUCAGGGUGUUUGGUACCAGUAUGGUGGAGGAGUAUGAUGAGAUUGCUGACUCGCAGUAUCCCUCUGAGAGGGUUGAGUACUUGGACGACGAUUACGACCUCCAUUUCUUAGAUUACCCCCCAGGCUACCUUCCCUCUGAAGACAAGGCAUCAAAAAACCUCCUGGGGUCUGCAACAAAUGCUAUUCUAACGAUGGUGAACAACAUUGCUGCAAAUGUGCUGGGCGGCAAGCCAGAGCUUGAAGAUGGAGCUCAGAUCGAAGGUAAUGUGUCGUCAGGGACCGAGAACAUCACAGAAGUCACCGAAACUACACUUGCACCAACCCCAACACUCACGCAGCAACAAGACAUGCCGCACACUGCAGAGGCGGAUUCCACUCUGGCCAACCCGGAUCCGGAAGUUCCCAUUUCUGAGACUUCCUCUACUCCUUCACCUGAGGAAAAUCGUAUCGUCAUCCUCAUCGAAGAUGAAGAAGAGCCAACCCCACCCACGGUGACCCUGCUGGAGGAGGAGCGUGAUGAGGAGAGGCGGCGCGAGGAGGCACGUCUCAGUGAGAGCGCCUUUUACUGCUCUCACCUUUCCACUUUGUCCUGCCUAGCCAGCCUCCAUGAGCACCUACAACUCUGCUGUUCCGCAGCGCUGGCUCUGCAGCGGCUCCGCCGAGAACGGCACGCACACGCCAACACACACACACGAUCGACACCACAACUCCCAGACCCCAGUCCAACUCAAACCCCCGUGCUGCUCGUUGAGAAGUCUUCCGUAGUGGAGCCGACACAAAGUGAAGAGACUGCGCCUGUCGACACGCCCCCUGUAACUCUGGACUCAAUCAGUGAUCCCCCAAUUUUAUUAGAGCCAAGCCACACAUCUUCCCUUCCCCAUCAAAGCUACUCUGAGACUUCUCUCUUCAAAGCCACGCCCACUGAAGGCAUUCCUGACUCUCUGCCCACAGAUGAGCCCCAAGAGCCGGUACCACAUUACAUGGAGCGCAUAACUGAAACACAGACUCACACACUUACCAGCACCUCUCUCGGUUCCACCUUCACCUCCACCACCUCCUUCAUCCUCACUCCAACCGCUUCACUUCUCAACCCAGAGACCACUGAGGUCCCGGUGCCCACCACAGAGCAGCCUGUCCAUUCCAUUCCCACACACAUCCGGCCUACAGAAAUCCCACCUCCCACAGAUCUGCCCGUGCCCGGCCCAGAGCUUUCUGCAGGCAUCGAGGAUGUCCAGCAGGAUUCUGCACACCUUGCUUCUCAGGAAGAGCCUAUGGAGGAGGUGCAGAGCACGCUACAGCGCACCGCCACAGACUUCUACGCCGAGCUGCAGAACUCAAGCGAGCCGAGCUACGGGAACGGGAACGGCAACCAAGUACACGGUUCCAACCAGAAGGAGUCGGUGUUCAUGAGGCUGAACAAUAGGAUCAAAGCCCUGGAGAUGAACAUGUCACUCAGCAGCAGAUAUUUGGAGGAGCUCAGUCAGAGGUACCGUAAGCAAAUGGAGGAGAUGCAGCGGGCGUUCAAUAAGACCAUCAUUAAACUGCAGAACACUUCCAGAAUCGCAGAGGAGCAGGAUCAGAAACAGACAGAGGCCAUCCAGAUGUUGCAGAGCCAGCUGGAGAAUGUCACCAAUCUCAUGCUUAACCUGUCUGUUACUGUGGGUCAGUUACAGAGAGAGGUGUCGGACAGACAGAGCUACUUGGUGGUGUCUCUGGUGUUGUGUCUGGCUCUGGGCCUGCUCUUGUGCAUGCAGUGCUGCUGCAGCUCCUCUGGGAACAGAAGCUCUCCUAUUCCUGUGAGCAACCACUACCCCAGCCCCAAGAGGUGUUUCUCCUCUUACGAUGACAUGAGUUUGAAGCGGAAAGUUUCCUGCCCUCUUAUCCGGUCCAAGUCAUUUCAGCUGACCCCUUCAGAUGUAGGUCCUGAUGACUUGUACAUUGUAGAACCUCUAAGGUUUUCUCCAGAGAAAAAGAAAAAGCGCUGCAGGAUGAAAGGAGGAGAGAAAGCGACUGUGACACCUGCUAACUGCAGCCCUGAAAGCGAAAGUGUAAACGUGCCUCAGUUCCUGCCGUCAAACUGCGGCGACGCCGCCACGUCCACCUGCUCAUCCAGAGAGGGCGUGGCUGAGCGCAGCUCUGAGGGCUCAUCGUCCUCCUCCUCUUCCUCCUCUUCUGCCUCCUCUUCAUCAUCAUCUUCUACAGCAUCGGAUGACUCCAGCUCCAGCAUCAUCCCUUCCAUUAAUGGUCACUGUGUGGGUCUGAAGAACGAGCCGCUCCCAACGGCCAAGAGCAAGACAGAGAAGAGGUCUUUUAAGCGGAGACGGUCUAAAAUGGCUGAUCAGCAACAGCAGCCACAGUCACAUGGGCGCUACGGGGCAGGGUUACUGCACACCCCUAUUCCGGUGGCAACGUGCGUCAUGCCGACGCUUCAGCAGCUGAUGAAGGGGAAACAGGAACUCGGCAUGGGGACGUUCGGAGUAACGGCCGUCACCGGACACGUCUGAGAACCCUUUCUUCAGCACUAUAUCACAGCUUUAUAGACAGAAAAAGUGAACGAAUCGCUCCGUCUUCUACGAGGGAGCAGGCGGACAUUAUCGUGUUGGUUUAUUUUUCUUUUCAACGUCUUUCUCUUCCUUUUUCUAACACUAUUCACCGAGCCAGACUCUGCCACAUAUGCUCAAGCACACAGAGAAAUUCAGACUCUACAACACGACCCCCGUUUCUCUCAAAUUUCUUCUUCCCUUUCGUUCUGUAAUCCUCUCCUCUUUUAUGUGCCUUUAUUUGUCCGUUAACCAACUGAAACCGACCACAGAUCAAGGUGAAGGGUCCUUAUUUAGUUUUCUUUCAUUUUUGGAGAGAAAUUCUAUUUUAUUUUUUAAAAAAGGUUUGGGAUACAAAAAUACUAACUUUUGAGAAGUAUGACUGAGUCCUUUUUUUCUUUCUUUUUUUCUUUCUUUUUUUUGUGUGGCAUAAGUGGACCAGCAGGACAGCAACGGAAGGCCAGGAGUGGACUUUCUCCAAACGCUCUUCCUACACACUACCACAGAUCUCUGUCCACUCUCUUCCUUUCACACCCACUCUGAUUUUCAGUACAGUCAGUGUUAGCUCAAGUGUUCACACUUUCCCCUGUGCUUUUGGGGAAACAGGUCUAGUUUUACUUGCACACUCCAUCUUGUCGGCUCUUUCGGUGUGUGUGUGUGCGUGUGUAUCCAGUUGUGUCUAGUCAUUGUGUAGUGGGACCAGUGUGUGUGUAUCAUGUAGCAAGUGGCUCUGUAGCACUUUAACAUCCACCAGCCCAGUGAGCAGAAUUGAAUGAAGAACAGAUCCAACCAUUUUCCUUUUCCUUUAUUAUAUAAGUCUCUCUCUCUCUCUCUCUCUCUCUCUCUCUCUUUCUGUGUGUGUGAUUUGAAGAGUCUCUUUAACAUGUUCAGGCAGGGCCUGUACUCUGUGAAAUUUAAACACACGUAUAGACCAGGCAUUUUACUGCAUCCAGACUCCAGCUUGUUUCCUCCACUGUAUGAUUUAUGACAAUGUGGCAGGUUUAUUCCUAGUUUUAUUCCAAAUGGUCAGUUACAUAUACAUGUACAGGUACAAAUAAAUAAAUAAAUCUAUAUAAAGUGUUUGUCCUGACCACCCUGCACAGUGGACAGGGUGUGUACCAUUUUAUUUAUAUAUUUAUUUAUUACAAUGUCACUGUUGGCUUGGGCCUGUUCAAGCGUAAAGGUUUCUAGGUUAACAAAGGACGUGUGUUAGCCCUUACGGUGCCCCUGUGGGGUGUCCUCAGUAUUUAUUAAAAAAAUCAUUAUAGUACACACACAUCUAGCUGUGAAACCUGCAAUGGUACGCCUGUGCUUUUCUCGUUUUCUACCUUAUGUAAUCCUGAGAAAGCUGGAGUCUGAGCGCUAGCCAAAUGCCACCUACUACACAAUCACACACAUCCUUCCCUCUCGCUAAUUCUUACUGCUUUCUAACCCGAUGAGCCUGACGUCACACACUGGGUAAAAUCUAUGGCUCUUUCUGAGGAUCUUGUGUUAUAGGUGUUUGAUGGAUCUGUUCUGAUGAGUUCCUCAUUGUAUUGGCUGCAAUUUUAAGAAUCCUUUGUGUGUGUGUGUGUGGGGACACUGCUCUUCCUGCUGAUUUGGGAUCUGCAUUCGUUUUAUUAUAUUUGUGAAAACACCGUGUAUCUUUCUCAUUCCUAAAUACGCCACUGUACGUGAAGCCACAUCUCUUUUGGCAUUCUUUUGCGGUGUUCAUAUUCUCUUUAUGUACGUCUAACACUCUUAUCUCUGUGUGUGUGUGUGUGACUGGCUCACUGGACCGCUCAUCAACCCACUCUAGUUUUAUGGUAUUAAGUCAAUUGUGCCGUUUCUUUAGCCUCGAGUCGUUCGAAUGAUUUACCCCCCCCCCUUAUUCAUUUCAUCAGUGCUCUUUAAGGAAUGUGAACUUUGUCUGAAUUGAUAAAGGGAAAGGUUCCAGUGGGUUUUUUUUCGAAACACGCCGUCUUCAUGCGACGUCACCCACCGAGGACUUCCACAUUCAGAGGGAGGUGUUUUUUAAUGUUCUCUGUUCGAUCAUGUUCUCCUUUCUACAUUGUGUUGAAUGUAUAUGAAAAUGUAUUUGUUUGUCAUUUGUUUCCAGUGUGUAUGGGUGUUUUUUAAACUGUGUGGAAGAAGAUUAAUUAUCCGUAUAACCCUAGUGAUUAGAGCCCCGUGUCUCGGGCUCUCACUCCCUCAGCACUUUGGAGAACUCCUCAUGCCUUUUUUUUCCUCCCCCUCCUUUUCUUUUCUUUUUAACGCUAGCCCUUGUUUAAAGUGCUUCUUCUACCCGUGCUUUUCUUGGUGUCCUCUAGUGGCCAUGAUGUUGUGUAUUUAAAUGGCCAGUAGAAGAUACCAAAUUCUACACCAGAUAAUCUGUGAGGAUACAAUGCACAGUAUUUUUCUUUUUCUUUUUUUUUUGGAAACAGGUGUAAUUGUAACUACAGUGAUGUAGUGCCAAUAGAAAACUGUGAAUUUCUAAAUAAAGACACUUUUUUUUCUUUCA